UUGAAACACGAUAAAUCUCUUCCGAUGGCAUCUUCAAAGGACCUAUUUCUGGCUCAUUUUAAGUGAAAGUCAGUGUGAACGAUGGGGGAAACUUUAAAAAGUCCUCGGCCGAUACCUAACAUCGUCACAGAGGCCACUUUUAGUCACCGAAAACCCAAGAAACCUAGUCACAGAAACUUAAUUGAAGAAGAUUGUUUACCUCCACGAGCUCCAGUGAAAUCAGCUCCACCAAUAAGCAGAGUUUUUAAACAUACAGGAAGAAAUUCGGUGGGAGCACUGCAAGUCAGUUUUCGAGAUAGUGGUAGCGAAAUUAAAAGCCCCCACUACAAUGCCAAAUCACGAGAUCUCUAUUUUGAGCAGUGUUUUGUAGUUAUCAGCAGACUUGGAGCAGGUUCAUUUGGAGAGGUGUUCAAAGUGAGAAGUAAGGAAGAUGGAUGCCUUUAUGCAAUUAAGAAAUCAAGGGAUAGGUUCCGUGGUGAUGCUGAUAGAAAAUAUAAACUUGAAGAGGUCAACAAACAUGAGCUGGUAAAAGGUCAUAGAAACUGUGUCAAAUUUGUCAAGGCAUGGGAAGAAAGGAAACGUCUUUACAUACAAACAGAGUUGUGUGAAAUGAGCCUCAAAGACUUCUUGGAGAAAAAUGAUUCAACCAGUGAAUCUGUGGUGUGGGAGUUUCUAGUUGAUUUGACUUUGGGUUUGAAGCAUCUUCAUGAUAAUGGUUUGAUUCAUAUGGACAUCAAACCAGCAAACAUCUUUAUUGGUCUGGAUGGGUUGUGUAAAAUAGGAGAUUUUGGUUUGGUGUUGGAGUUAUCAAAAUGUGACACCACCCAAGCUUUGGAAGGUGAUCCAAAAUACCUUGCUCCAGAGCUAAUGCAAGGUCACUUUACAAAAAGUGCAGACAUCUUCAGUUUGGGCAUAACUCUACUAGAGUUGGCCAGUGAUCUUGAAUUACCAAAAGGUGGACAAGCAUGGCAUCAACUUAGAAAUGGAGAACUUCCCAACAUCUUUACACAAGGUAUAUCCCUAGAGCUUAGACGACUUAUACUGCAGAUGAUGAAUCCUUCACCACAACAAAGACCAAAUGUGGAUGAGAUUUUAGCAGAACCUGCUGUACGCCAGGCAUGGAAAAGGAGGAAAAGGGUUUAUCUGUACAGUAGGAUGAAGGAAUCAAUGUCUACGUUGUAUUACUAUCUUUGCUCUGUUUUGUUAUGGAUAUGGAUGGUGUUACUGUGGCCUUUCCGCCCAUUUACAAAUUCAUGGGCAUGGACCAAAUCCUCUGCAAAAUCUGAUGUGUCAACAGAGAAAGAGAUGAAGAGACCAGUAAACAACUGAUUACUCCACCAUUCCAUACAAGUAGCCCUGAGCACGAGAGAUAUACUCCUCCUUCAGAAAGAAGGCGAGGGCCUCUGUUUCACGAGGGAGGAUUUAUGACCAACAAUGUAGUUGGGCCUAGAAAUCUUCUGGAGGUAUUUGAGGAUGCAGCUAACAGCCCAGAGUGGUAGUAAGUUUGCGAGAAAGAGGAUUUGUACAUGAAGGAAAGAAAUUUCGACUCAAUCCAGGUUAUAGAUCUUGCAGAAAACUCAAUACAACUAUCUCUUGUCAAUGGAGCGUCUGGGUGGAUUACAUUUGGAUGAACAUUAGAGCAUCAAGGAAGCAAAUACUUAAAAUGAUUGGGCAUUGUUGAAAGGACAGUCCAGAAUCAGUUUCCAACUGCUGUAUUGUCUCUGAAAUAAUUUAUGUGUUCCUAUUCAACUUAAACAAAUAAUAUUUCUUACGGUGCACCAUCUUAUGGAGACAAAUGUUACCAAGAGGCGUGAGAAUGUAUGUCUUAACGAGAAUGAAAAAGGUUCAAGCCAACAAAAGUUAUCAAGUGGCUGAAUUUUAAAAUCAGUCUUUUAAUGUGACUCCAUUGUUUAGAUGAGAGGUUCGUGUUUAUUUUAAGUCAAGAUGUUAUGUUGGUUUUCUUGGGUGCAGAUUAAGUUUUACGCAGUAAAUCAUUCUAUACAAAGUAAAACGCUCCACUAAUGCCCAGUUUACCACUGUUUGCGCGACUCUUAGACCUUUCAAAGGGGAAAAUUUUUCGUAUCAAAGGCGAAAAAGGACUUCAUUUUUUUGUUAACUUCAGUGUUUGGGAACUCUUCAAAGGCGGUUGUCUAAUGAUUGUUCCGGUUUAACUAACGUUGACAUGAUCAAUAUUUCUAAAUAUAAACAAAUUCCUUACUAGUAAUUGCCAUUUAUAAAUAGUAAUAAUAAAACUUGCUGAGAUA